AUGCCUAAACAACCGAUUGCCCCACAAAAUCUUCGCAGAUUGCUCUCGUGGACAAAGAAACCCGAGUACGAAGUGCUCGCCAAAGCCCUAAACUUGCUCUCUAGCAAGCCACAACCCCCAUACAAACCGUCCCUUUUCAAGUCUGCCAUUACGGCAGACAAACACUUGCCAGUUACCGCGGGCGAGAAACGCGUGCUCAGCGACGCGUUGAGCACUCAAAUGGGACGCAAACACACACAAGCACAGGAACAGGUGGGAGCGAGUGUGAUGACGCACUACGCGGACUUGAUCCGUGGGUUGGACUUGAUCCACACGUACCCCAUGGUGGAUGUUUCCGGGAAGAACGAUGCGGAGAUCUGCGACGUUAUCCGGUGCGAAAAGAUCCAGUCAGAGUUCCAGAUCAUCAACAUCUUCAAUCAGGUGCGCGGGCGGGCCUCGUAUGCGGUGAUGAACCAGCUAUUGACCCAUCCGUUGACAAAGAACAUCACACCGUUCAUGGAUCUACUCGGCACUGCACUGUGGCUGGAGACGGACGCUUUGAAGUACGAAAUCACAGUGUUGAAGAAGCUCUACGAGGGAAAGCAUCCCCUCACGAUGAUCGACUCGCCCGAGUACAUUGCUAGGUUCCUUCCGGCGAUGCUCCGUGGCGAUUUACCAGACCGGUACCAGCGCUUGCUCUGGAAAUUCCACUUCAUGUGCACCCCCGCGACGCUUGAUGCUACAGUAGAGCGUCUCAUGACCCAGAAAGUGCCAAUCACGCCCAGCCAGCUCACCGCGCAGUUGUUUCUCAUUUGGGAGUCUAUGACCUCCGCUGUGAAGUCUGUGGAGUGUGCCGCAAAGAUUCACCACAUGCACAAGGCGCAGCAGCUCUUGCUCAACGACUUCCAGGCGGUGUUUGUGGACUUUAUCAACGAGUCGUUUGUUAGGCACAAUAUGAAGAACCGCAAUUUGAGGAUCGUGGAUGGCCGCAAGUCGUAUUCCUUGUCGAUUUUCGUCAAACGGUUUAGUAUUGCGACCCAGAUGAAUGUCUAUGCUGAGUAUCCGUACUCCUCUGGGUCGUUCAAGUUUGAUGUGAACGAUCUGGAGUUUGCGCGGUUGUUGAAGUUCCGCGCGUUCAGCCAGGACUUGCUCUCGAAGUUGCAGCUCAACUUGGUCGAGAGCACCCAGGCGAAUACCGAGGGCUUCCAGUUGGUUGAUCAGUAUCGCAAGCGCAUCGAGGAAUACUUGAUUGAUAAGAUUGCGUUUGAAACCAAGGAAGAGGGCACGCUCACAUUGAUAGACCAGUUGAAGGCUGAGUACCGCCACACCUUGGUCAGUAUGUUGAUGUAG